GGCUGGUUUACUGGAUACCCCGCGUGGGGAUUCCGAGUUGUGAUUGGUCAACGUUGCUGAACUCCUUCGGAGAACCGGAUUGGUUAAUGCGGGGCCUUCUCUCGGCAGUCAGGUCCUCGUGUCAGUGAACAGUCUGUGUGUGGUAUAGCGAGCGGCGGAGGAACUGGGUCUACCAGGCGGAGAGCUAGUGGUAUAUUUCACAACGGCCGACGUUUUCAAAAAAUAUAACCCGUUUACUUGCCAUAAAUUAUCUUUGGACUUACUGGAAGAUUCGUGUACUACUACUGGAUCUAAUAAAGGCUUUCUUUCAAGUUGUCUGAGGUCAACAACUCGUCCCUGUCGAGGGGUUUCCAGCGCCGACCGACCGGACGGAGGGACGCUCUCCGCCUCGGGAUCAGCGGGCUUUUAAAGGACUCUAAAGAGGCGAAGAAGUGGAAGAAAAAUAGAAACGGCGACGGACAUUAGCCGCCCUUAUCAUUCCAUGUUGACGACUACAAGUCAGGGAUAUUAAGCGUUGUGCCUGGACACUGAUUUUUUUCUACCUGUGCAGAAGAGCAGGGAGGAAUCAGGCGAGACAAAGAUACAAAGAAGAGGCCGAGCUGACACAUCCAGCGGUCGGGGUCUGAGUGUGCGCCCCUAGCCGAGAACGGGGCUUUGUCCACUGCCGUCCUGCGUAUACAGGGGAGGGGGUGGUGGUGAUUUACGGAACCUUCACUGGGAUUAAAGAAGGAGGAAACGCACACAUUCCCUGCGUAAAGACUCGACAUGUAUCCACAAGGCCGGCAUCCGGCACCUCACCAGCCAGGGCAGCCCGGCUUCAAGUUCACUGUGGCAGAGUCCUGCGACAGGAUCAAAGAUGAAUUUCAGUUCCUGCAGGCCCAGUACCACAGUCUUAAAGUGGAGUAUGAUAAACUGGCCAAUGAAAAGACAGAGAUGCAGCGUCACUACGUCAUGUACUAUGAGAUGUCCUAUGGGCUCAACAUUGAGAUGCACAAACAGACUGAAAUUGCCAAGCGUCUCAAUGCUAUUCUGGCUCAGAUCAUGCCCUUCUUGUCACAAGAGCAUCAACAGCAGGUAGCUCAGGCUGUUGAGCGGGCCAAGCAGGUGACGAUGACUGAGCUGAAUGCUAUCAUCGGGCAGCAGCAGCAGCCGCCGCAGCCACCUCAUAGUGUCUACCCAGCCUUCAUGCAGCAGCUUCAGGCUCAGCAUCUUUCUCAUGCAGCCCACGGCCCACCGGUCCAGCUGCCCCCACACCCCUCAGGCCUGCAGCCACCCGGCAUCCCCCCUGUGACGGCCGCCGGCUCCGGCCCCUUGGGUCUGGCGGCUCUUGGCAGCGCGCCAAAGGAUGAAAAGAACCACCACGACCUGGAACACCGAGGCCCCUCAUCUUUUCACUUGCCUCUGGCCAUUCCUCUGAAAGAACGCGAGUCGAGCACGAAUAACUCUGUGUCACCAUCGGACAGCCUGCGGGCAGCGAGUGAGAAGCACCGCGGCUCUUCAGAUUACGGUCUUGACUCCAAGAAACGCAAAGUGGAUGACAAAGACAGCAUGAGCAGAUAUGACAGUGAUGGAGACAAAAGUGAUGACUUGGUGGUGGAUGUUUCCAAUGAGGAUCCAUCCACCCCUCGUGUCAGCCCUGCUCACUCUCCUCCAGAAAAUGGCCUGGAUAAAUCACGAGUCCUGAAGAAGGAUGCUGCACCUAACAGCCCCGCGUCUGUCGCCUCCUCGGGCAGCACACCAUCAUCCAAAGCAAAGGACCACGCCCAUAACGACAAGUCAUCCACACCGAGCCUGAAAUCCAACACACCUACACCAAGAAACGAGGCACCGACACCAGGAACCAGCACCACUCCAGGGCUGCGGCCUCUAAUGAUGGGCAAACCACCUGGCAUGGAGGCACUGGCCGCUCCUGCUCUGCGUACACCUCUGUCCAUUGCGGGUUCCUAUGCCAAUCCAUUUGCUAUGAUAAGUCAUCAUGAGAUGAACGGCUCCCUAACCAGCCCAGGCGUUUAUCCGGGUCUUAUUUCACCACAGAUGAGUGCUGCAGCUGCCGCCGCUUAUGGCCGCUCACCGAUUGCCGGGUUUGACCCUCACCCUCACAUGAGAGCUCCAGGCCUGCCAGCCAGCCUCACUUCCAUUUCUGGAGGAAAACCAGCCUAUUCUUUUCAUGUGAGUGCAGAUGGUCAGAUGCAGCCUGUGCCUUUCCCUCCAGAUGCACUGAUAGGUCCGGGCAUCCCGCGCCAUGCUCGCCAGAUCAACACACUGAGUCAUGGGGAGGUGGUGUGCGCCGUCACCAUCAGCAACCCUACACGUCACGUCUACACCGGUGGCAAGGGCUGUGUCAAGAUUUGGGACAUCAGCCAGCCGGGCAGCAAGAGCCCCGUGUCCCAACUCGACUGCCUGAACAGAGACAAUUACAUCCGCUCCUGCAAGCUGUUGCCUGACGGCCGCACCCUGAUAGUGGGUGGCGAGGCCAGCACAUUGACCAUCUGGGACCUGGCCUCACAGACACCCCGCAUAAAGGCUGAACUUACUUCUUCUGCUCCGGCCUGCUAUGCGCUGGCCAUCAGUCCUGACGCCAAGGUGUGUUUCUCCUGCUGCUCAGAUGGAAACAUCGCUGUGUGGGACCUCCACAACCAGACCCUCGUUAGACAGUUCCAAGGCCACACCGAUGGAGCCAGCUGUAUCGACAUCUCUCACGAUGGGACCAAGCUGUGGACUGGAGGGCUUGACAACACGGUUCGCUCAUGGGAUUUGAGGGAGGGACGACAACUCCAGCAACACGACUUUACCUCACAGAUCUUUUCCCUAGGCUACUGCCCCACUGGAGAAUGGCUGGCUGUGGGCAUGGAGAGCAGCAAUGUGGAGGUGCUUCACCAUACCAAGCCUGACAAGUAUCAGCUGCACCUGCAUGAAAGCUGUGUCCUCUCACUCAAGUUCGCCUACUGUGGUAAAUGGUUUGUGAGCACAGGAAAGGACAAUCUGCUGAAUGCAUGGAGAACUCCUUACGGUGCCAGCAUAUUCCAGUCAAAGGAGUCGUCUUCUGUCCUGAGCUGUGACAUUUCAGCAGAUGACAAAUACAUUGUGACAGGAUCCGGUGACAAGAAGGCCACUGUCUACGAGGUCAUCUACUAGAGAGAGGCAUCUCCUAUUGUGUUCCUGCUCGACCGUCUGUGGACAACCACAGGCUGAGACAAACUAGAGAACUUAACUGAUGGAGACUGAUCUGUAGGUCCAGGGAUACUUGUGCUGGAAAAGUUACCUUUUUGUCCUUUUGGUUUCAAGGGUUAAUUUUUGAGUUGCACUUUUGUGAAAUCAGAUGGUUUUCCUGUUUUUUUUUUUUUUCUCCUCCCUUUUUUGAGAAUACCUGGGUGCAACCCAGUGAAGCUGUGCUUCGUUUCUGAGAACCUCAUUCCCCAGACGUCUUGUGAAAAGUGUACAUAUCUGAUUAAAUA